AAUUUCUGUGAUUGCCGGGCUAUUUAAUGUAAGAAUUUUAAAAUUUGUUUGUAUCUCACUUGUUUCUCGAAUCUAAAUCCGCUAUAAAGUUUUAAUAAUAUCGUCCAUUCAUCGCUAUAAGUGUUAUAUUUAAUUUGAGACAUGGGUACUAGAGUUACACCAUCUGCAAUACAUUUUGCUGAUAAAGCACUUGCAGGAGUCCCACGAUUGUUAGAUGAUCUGCAACGUCUGAUUGAAGAUCGAGAUACUGCAGACAUUGUUUUUAUCGUUGGAAGAGAAGAAGUGCCAAUCUAUGCCCACAGACUUAUUAUGCGAGCAAGGUGUGCUAGUUUCCAAAAUGUGAAACGAGGUGAAAUGUGCAAGGUACCAGGAUCAACUGUCUCACCCUCACCACCUGGUACGCCCACUCCAAUCAGGUUACCUCUCGCAAAACCUGAUGUUUUUAGAGAAGUCCUCUUUUAUUUAUAUACUGGAAAGGUCAUUCUACAAGAUUGUACUGUUUUUGAAACAUUGUCCAUUUCACAAGAGCUUGGAAUAGAAGAGCUUCGAAUGUGUUGUGAAGACCAUAUCAAUAGCACUUUAAACGUACACAACGCCUGUACCUUUCUACCUGCAGCUUUAGAAAUGGAGAACAGAGUGCCAGGUAACAAAGGUGGCCGCUCAUUUGCUGAUAGAUGUACUGCAUACAUUGGUGAAAAUGCUUUGGAAUGUGUUCAGACAUCAGCUUUUUUGAAUCUUUCAAAAGAAGCAUUAAUCCAUCUUGUAUCAUCUGAUUACUUAGCCAUGGAGGAGGAAGAUGUCUGGAGAGCUGUGCUUGCUUGGGCAAAACAUCAAUCUGGUGUAACACAGCCCACUGCUCAUUGGACAGAAGAGGAGAGAGCUAGAAUAACUCAACAAAUGUCUGGUGUAAUCAACCAUGUUAGAAUUUUGCUGAUUGAUAGCCAAGUUUUUGCAGAAGAAGUUGAACCUACCGGAGCUGUGCCAAUGGAAUUAUCUUUAGAAAGAUAUCGGUUUGCUGCCUUACCCAAUAAAUUUUCUCAUUCUGAAGACAAACGAAUUCAGCCUCGGACAUCUCUUAAACUUUUCCAAGGAUCUCAGUUGUUAAGUGGAGAGAAACUUCACCUACAAAGAAUGCUCAAUGCCUGGUUUGGAAAUUCGAAGCAAAUGUGGCGUCUCCUUUACAGAGCAUCCACCCACGGUUACACGGCUGAAGCAUUUCAUUAUCACUGUGAUGGGCAUAGUCCCACAUUUGUCAUAGCUCUGGGCUCCCAUGGAGAAUUGUGUGGAGGAUUUAGUGAUGUUCCUUGGGGUAAAACUAGAGGGCGUGGCCGAUAUGUUCCAUCUGAUAAGGCAUUCCUUUUCACACUCAUCAAUAAUUCUGAUGUUCCUCCAACCAAGUUUGAUGUUGUUAAGAAAAUGUUUGCUAUUGCACAUCACCCAGAUUAUGGUCCUAUAUUUGGUGCUGGGGCUGACUUCUGCAUUUCACAUAAUUGUAAUGCAAAUCUGGAAAGUUACUCCAACUUGCCGCAUUCUUAUGACGGAGAAAAUGCUUCCUGCACUCUGCUGAUGGGCGACUACAACUUCACGGUCAUCGAUUAUGAAGUGUUCACAACUCUUGGAAAAUAAUGUCUUUUUAUUUGUUUGAAAACGAGGGAAUCUCAGAUGGAUUUUACAUCUCUCUCUUAUAUUUCUAUAGGUUGUACCUUUUUGAGCUAUUUUAAUUGUUUUACUCUUGCAUGAUAAUUCAUAUUUAAUGAGCAGUUGCAUCAUGUUGAGAGAUAUUAUUUUUUAACUUUAGAACAACAAUUACAUUAAAAUAGAUUGAAACUAUGUAUUUUUUUAUCAUCUUGUUGUGAUUAUAAUAUAUGUGUUGGUCAGUUUUUAAUAUGCUGUUUACAAUAAAAUAUAUCAAAACAUCAAAAUACAUAUCUAAAAAACUAAAGUUUUCGUUCUGUUUGUUGACUUGCUUCGUUUUAAGAGUUAUAUCUAUUCAAAAAUAUGUCAUUUUUAUACCUAUUUAAAAAGUCUUAAAAUUUAAAAAUUUGAUGUCAGGUAGUAUACCAACUAGAAUGCUAUUCAAACUUAAAUUUUUUUCGUUGUUUUUAUGAUUUAAGUAAUUAAAGUCUAAACACUGUAUAUUAUUUCAAAUGUUUUAAGUGUGCUGAAACUUUUUCUGUUUUUUAUCCCUUUAUUAUUACUUUCUAUCGAAAAAUUAUUACAAUUUUGAUAGCCAACCAUUUCAACUACUUAUAUUAUGUAUUACUGUUGUAAUAGAGAUAGAUUAUGUGGACCAUAUGAAUUUGGUUAUGGUUUUAAAGUGCCUUUACUCUCUUGUGAUAUAUUUACUGUGUAAUGUGUCUUUGAACUUUUAUUUUUAUAUGGGACUUUUAUACAUUGCUAUUUUUAUACAGAUUGUUACUUUUUUAUGCACAUACAAUAAAAAAGUUGUUUUUUUCCCCUA